AUGGCGAUCAAAUUGGAAUGCAACAGGCCCACAAAUCUCGUCUGCUGAAGACGUCUCAGUGUCUGAUGGAGGGACUCACACAUCAGGGAAUCCCCACAUUGCUCAGAGAGAUCUACACAGACCUCUACAUCACACAGGGGGAAAGAGGAGAGGUCAAUGAAGAACAUGAGGUCAGACAGAUAGAGAGGGUAUCCUGGAGAGAAGCAUCCCAAGACAGUCCAGUCAAAUGCAGUGACGUCUUUCAACGCUUAUCGAAACAAGUCAAACCCCUCUCUGAACAACUCAAGUCCUCAUCUGAACAAGUCAAACCUAUGGGAAUUGUGCUGACAAAGGGAGUAGCAGGCAUUGGAAAAACAGUCUCUGUGCAGAAGCUCAUUCUGGACUGGGCUGAAGGAACGUCCAAUCAGGACGUUGACUUCAUAUUUCCACUUGCUUUUCGCGAGUUAAAUCUGAUGAAGGAGAAAACCAUCAGUCUGGUGGAUCUUGUGAAGCGCUUUUUCUCAGAGGUAAACGAUUCAAGAGUCUUCACCAGUUCAGAGAAAAAACUCAUGUUCAUCUUUGAUGGUCUGGAUGAAUGUCGACUUCCCCUUAACUUCUCCUCAAACCCAAAGUGCUGUGAUGUGUCAGAGUCAGUCCCAGUUGACGUGCUGCUAACAAAUCUCAUCCAGGGGAAUCUGCUUCCGUCUGCUCUCCUCUGGAUCACCACCCGACCAGCUGCAGCUGGUCUAAUCCCUCCUGAGUGUGUUAGCGCGGUGACAGAGAUAAGGGGUUUUAACGACCCACAGAAGGAAGAGUAUUUCAGGAAGAAAUUCAGUGAUGAGAGCCUGGUCAGCAGAAUCAUUGCCCACCUGAAGUCAUCCAGGAGCCUCUACAUCAUGUGCCACAUUCCAGUCUUCAGCUGGAUUUCUGCUACGGUAGUACAGAGAACAUUUAAUGGAUCAGGCAGUGUAGAAAUGCCAAGGACUCUCACACAGAUGUACACACACUUUCUGAUUAUCCAGGUUACAAAUAAAAACACAAAGUACACAGAGCAUAAGGUAACAGAUGAAGAGAUGAUUUUCAAGUUGGGGAAACUGGCUUUCCAGCAGCUGGAGAAGGGAAAUUUGAUCUUCUAUGAUGAAGACCUGAUGGAAUGUGGCAUUGAUGUCACAGAAGCAUUGGUGUACUCAGGAGUGUGCACUCAGAUCUUCAAAGAGGAGGCUGGGCUUUACAAGGGGAGGGUGUUCAGCUUUGUACAUCUGAGUAUUCAGGAGUUCCUUGCAGCUUUAUAUGUGUUCCUCUGCUUCAUCAACAGCGAGAGAAACAUGUCUGACCAACAGCAAUCCUCUAAGCCCUCUGCUCUGUUCAGAGCAACAACACUUCAAGACCUACACAAGACUGCAGUAGAUCUGGCUUUACAGAGUAGGAAUGGACACCUGGACCUUUUCCUCCGCUUCCUUCUGGGCCUCUCGCUGGAGUCCAAUCAGAACCUCUUAAGGCAUCUAAUGCCACAGAACAACAGCCAAUCACAGAGCUUGGAGUCAACAGUGCAAUUACUCAAACGCAACAUCAGGGAUUUUUCUAAUAGUGGCAGUAACAGAUAUCAGAGUGGGCCAGACAGACAGAUUAACCUGUUUUACUGUCUGAAUGAGUUGAAUCAGCAUGCUGUAGUGGAGCACAUUGAUAGGAGCUCAGGGUCUCUUUCUGUAGAGAUGCUCUUACCAGGACAGUGGGAGACUGCAGAGUUUAGAUUUGAGACUUCAGAAGAGUAUCUGGAGGCGUUUGACUUGCAGACGUAUGUGAAGACACCAGAGGUGGACCAGACUGAACUCCUCAGCCCAGAUGACGUUCUUCAGAAGCUGAUACCAUCUGAUGUGUUCAUAUCAUCCACCUCAGCACAGCUGGAUAGAUGUCCCCUGUCAGAGAGGAGCCUUUCCUACCUGGCCUCUGCCCUGAUCUCACACUCCUCACAUCUCACACAACUGACGCUGAAGGGCCAAGAAGGCGGAUCAUCAUUACCACAUCCCUCAUCACUGCAUGUGUCAUCUUCAGCUGGGUGCCAUCCAGACUGCAAGCCCUGGGAGUUGAGCCUGAAGAGAUGUGAUCUGACAGAGGAGAUCUGCUCCUAUCUGGUCUCUGCUCUGACCUCACACACAUCUACACUCUCUGGGAAACGCCUGGAGGGGGAGGAGGAGGUGGAGCGGUUAUGUUCCACUCUUAGUCAUCAAGACUGCAGACUGGAGACACUACAGCUGGAGAGGUGUCUCCUGUCAUAUAAGAGCGUCUCCUAUCUGGCCUCUGCCCUGACAUCACACACAUCACGUAUCACACAGCUGCAGCUGACACAGUGGGGAUAUUACCUGGAGGACUCAGCAGUGGACAUUUUAUGUUCUGCUGUUUGUCAUCAAAACUGCAACCUGGAGAAGCUACAGUAA